AUGGCCUCGCUGGACCUGCCGUACCGCUGCCCCCGCUGCGGGGAGCACAAGCGCUUCCGGAGCCUGUCGUCGCUGCGCGCGCACCUGGAGUACAGCCACACGUACGAGACGCUCUACAUCCUCUCCAAGACCAACAGCAUCUGCGACGGCGCCGCGGCCGCUGCCGCCGCCGCUGCCGCCGCCUCGGGCUUCCCGCUGACGCCCGAGCCCGCCGCCCUGCUGGCGGUGCCCGGCGCCCGACGCGAGGUCUUCGAGAGCACGUCCUUCCAGGGCAAGGAGCAGGCGGCCGGGCCGUCGCCCGCUACGCCGCACCUGCUGCACCACCAUCACCACCACGCGCCCCUCGCCCACUUCGCCGGCGACCUGGUUCCCGCCAGCCUGCCCUGCGAGGAGCUGGCUGAGCCCGGCCUCGUGCCCGCAGCCGCCGCGCGGUACGCACUGCGCGAGAUCGAAAUCCCGCUGGGGGAGCUGUUCGCCCGCAAGUCCGUGGCCUCCUCGGCUUGCUCGACGCCGCCGCCCGGGCCGGGACCCGGGCCCGCCUCCGCCUCCCCCGCGUCCCCCUCCCCCGCUGAUGUGGCUUACGAGGAGGGCCUGGCGCGCCUCAAGAUCCGUGCGCUGGAGAAGCUGGAGGUCGACCGGCGGCUGGAGCGGCUGAGCGAAGAGGUGGAGCAGAAGAUCGCAGGCCAGGUGGGUCGGCUGCAAGCCGAGCUGGAACGCAAGGCGGCAGAGCUGGAGACGGCGCGACAGGAGAGUGCGCGGCUGGGGCGCGAGAAGGAGGAGCUGGAGGAGCGUGCUUCCGAGCUCUCGCGCCAGGUGGACGUGAGUGUGGAGCUGCUCGCCUCACUCAAGCAGGACCUGGUGCACAAGGAACAGGAGCUGAGCCGCAAGCAGCAGGAGGUGGUACAGAUCGACCAGUUCCUGAAGGAGACGGCGGCGCGGGAGGCCAGCGCCAAGCUGCGCCUGCAGCAGUUCAUCGAGGAGCUGCUCGAGCGGGCUGACCGGGCCGAGCGGCAGCUGCAGGUCAUCAGCAGCAGCUGUGGCAGCACGCCCAGCGCCAGCCUGGGCCGCGGAGCGGGGGGAAGCGGUGCCGGGCCCGGGCCCCGGGGUCCAGGCAGAAUGCGAGAACACCACGCGGGCCCGGCCAUGCCUAGCACAUACGCCGUGUCAAGGCAUGGCUCCUCUCCCAGCACAGGGGCCUCCAGCCGUGUCCCUGCUGCAUCCCAGAGCUCAGGCUGCUAUGACAGUGACAGUCUGGAGCUACCCCGGCCAGAAGAGGGGGCCCCCGAGGACAGUGGCCCUGGGGGCUUGAGCACACGGGCCCAGGCUGCCAACGGCGGCUCGGAGCGUACCCAGCCCCCUCGCAGCUCAGGCCUGCGGCGCCAGGCCAUCCAGAACUGGCAGCGCAGACCCCGCCGACACAGCACGGAGGGGGAGGAGGGUGAUGUCUCGGACGUGGGCUCCCGAACCACGGAGUCAGAGGCUGAGGGCCCCUCAGAUGCCCCCCGCUCUGGGCCUGCUAUGGCCGGGCCACUGAGCAGCUGCCGGCUCUCAGCCCGCCCCGAGGGAGGCAGUGGGCGGGGUCGGCGAGCUGAGAGGGGCAGCCCCUCACGCUCCAACGAGGUCAUCAGCCCAGAGAUCCUCAAGAUGCGAGCCGCCCUGUUCUGCAUCUUCACCUAUCUGGACACACGCACGCUGCUGCACGCUGCCGAGGUCUGCCGGGACUGGCGCUUUGUGGCUCGUCACCCCGCGGUCUGGACACGGGUGCUGCUGGAGAAUGCCCGCGUCUGUUCCAAGUUCCUGGCGAUGCUGGCUCAGUGGUGCACCCAGGCCCACUCGCUGACGCUGCAGAACCUGAAGCCCCGGCAGCGGGGCAAGAAGGAGAGCAAGGAAGAAUACGCCCGGAGCACCCGAGGCUGCCUGGAAGCAGGGCUGGAGUCCCUGUUGAAGGCCGCUGGGGGGAACCUGUUGAUCCUGCGCAUCUCCCACUGUCCCAACAUCCUCACUGACCGCUCACUCUGGCUGGCCAGCUGCUACUGCCGUGCCCUGCAGGCCGUCACCUACAGGAGUGCCACAGACCCCGUGGGCCACGAGGUCAUUUGGGCUCUGGGUGCAGGCUGCAGAGAGAUUGUCUCCCUCCAGGUGGCGCCACUUCACCCUUGCCAGCAGCCCACGCGCUUCAGUAACCGCUGCCUGCAGAUGAUCGGCCGCUGUUGGCCCCACCUUCGGGCCCUGGGGGUUGGGGGCGCUGGCUGUGGGGUACAGGGCCUGGCAUCACUCGCAAGAAACUGCAUGCGGCUGCAGGUCCUGGAGCUGGACCACGUGUCAGAGAUCACCCAGGAGGUGGCAGCUGAGGUCUGCCGGGAAGGCCUGAAGGGACUGGAGAUGUUGGUGCUCACGGCCACCCCCGUCACCCCCAAGGCCCUGCUGCAUUUCAACAGCAUUUGCCGGAACCUCAAGUCCAUCGUGGUCCAGAUUGGGAUUGCUGAUUAUUUCAAAGAGCCCAGCAGUCCUGAGGCCCAGAAGCUGUUUGAGGACAUGGUGACAAAACUCCAGGCCCUACGACGGAGGCCCGGCUUCUCUAAGAUCCUGCACAUCAAGGUGGACGGCGGCUGCUAACCCGGGGUGGGGGGCGGCAGGGCCCCUGCCGGCCCCACACCAGGGCACUCUCUUUGGACCUCCAGAGGGACCCUGAUUUGGACUAGACCUUCGGAGGCCUUGUGUUUUCCCUAGCUUCCAGGGAGGGGUUGACAGUUUCCUGUCCUCCUCUUGGGACAGCGGAGCAACGGGCCUGACGUCAGGCACUGGCUCUUCAGGGCAGGGGCUUGGACAGAAGCUGCCCUCCGACCCCCACUCCACCCCCAACUGGAGCAGCCUUCUGGGCACAGCCAGGAAGGAGCUGAGUCACCACCAGCACCCGGUGUCAUCGCCUCGAGGACGUGCCAUAAUCACUGAGUGGCUCCUCGGCUGCUUGGGUUGCUGGGGCAGGCCUCCCCUUGUCAGGGGCCUCUGCUAGUCCCCAGGCCAGACGGGGCUCCCCAAAGCAGCUCAGACUUGGCAAGAAGGGCUCUUUUCCUCCCCCUGCCCUGUUCCAGCCCUCUGUGGGGCAUCCCCAUCAGACAGCCUGCCAAGGCUCUGGGUCCACAUUCUCCAGGGAUAACAGACAGGCCUUGGGCGUCUGGGAAUGUGGUCAGCCAAAAGUGGGGGGCAGGGGGCAGUGAGGUAGCGGAAUGGGCUUGGAAUGGCAAAACAUUCAUCUAGAACUUUUCCCCAGGAUACUGAAACUACCACUCCCAAAGUGGGGAAAUUGCCAAGUAGAGAAAACUUAGUUUUUAUUGCUGUAGAAACAAGACCCCUCCUCCCAACAACCACAUACCCCCAUGGCACACCAGAGCUAAAUUCAGAGCUAAAAGGUGCAUGUUUCUAUACCUUCCACCAAUCCUGAGCCUCUGGCGAGGCAAGGAACCAGCUCUGGAAAUUUUAUCAGCAGUGAGAAGCAGUUCCUGUCCUCAAGAAACAACUUCUA